UCUUUCACGAACCUUCUCUCGACGCGGAAUUGAACUCGUCGUCUUGACGCGUCCUCCUUUUUAAAUUACAAUCUCAGUGGAAAAAAUAGACUUUUUUUGUUAACUCAACCAAUCCCCUUUCUUAAAAAAGUGUGUCAAGUCAAACUAUCAGUCUUGGUAAAUUCAAAUAAAAGCAGCAAGGGAUCGCACGGAUUAAACAGUCGAAUAGACUAAUUACUUAGUGAAAAACGUUGGUCCAUGUCUUACUAAUUGAAAUUUAAGACUUCAAGAACUGAUAAUGGACUAAUUAAUCGAAAUCAAAUCAAAUAUUUUUGAUAAAAACAACAACGAUUUCCAAGUUCUUGUGCGGAUUCUGGGGAAUCUAUGGAAUUCAGAUAACCCGUUCACUGAAAUAUUGGGCCAGUGGGUCGAAACGAGUGGAUUCUCAUUUAACUUGACCGUUCACUACACCACAGUCUCGUAAACAGUUUGCUUACUUAUCAUAUCCACAAGUGAUCUUAAUUCGUGUGUUUGGAUUAUAAAAAGGUCGUUUUGUGAAUAAAGAUAGGAAUAUAAGGAGAAUGAACGUGUACAGAAAGAUGUAAUCAGUAAAAGCACAGUGAUCAGAGUGCUGAGUUUUCAAGAGUCUGACUUUACGACACGAUGAAUUCUAAUUCGAAGCAGAAAGUAUUGCGAAGGAAAUGUAGUGAAUCGUGGGAACUAUUAAGUACAGUGAAUAGCUAAAAAGUGCAUCAAUUUAAAUUGGAGCCCCUGGAUAUUAAGAAAAUCACGACAUGAUUACGGAAUGGCUGGACACAUGGUUUGGACGGCCGAAAAAAUCUGGUCGAGGGGGUGGUGGUCUUGGCCACAACACCAUCCCCCGUCCAAAUUCUGGCGAAGAUUUCAACGAAAUCGAGCAACAACGUUGCAUGAUCGAGAGAAUGGAUGAUGAGACGGUGAACGACAGAUUCGAAGAAAUGUUGGCCAACAUGAAUCUGACGGAAGAGAAAAAAGAACCACUACGCCAGCAACAUGCAGCAAAGAAAAAAGAGAUGCUGAUCUUGCACUACAAAGGUAGCGUGCAGGAAAAUAGGUCCAAGUUUGAUAAGCCGGCAGAUUAUAUACACUACUUGGCUCAACCAGACUUAAGUGUAAAUAAAAUUUAUAGCUGUAUCGAAUCACUUAGGAUUGCCCUUACAAAUAAUCCCUUAAGUUGGGUGCAAGAAUUUGGAACGAAAGGAUUGAAACAGGUCCUUGCGACUCUCAAUGAAUGUUACAGAAAUGACAAUCGGUACGAGCGGAUACAAUAUGAAUGCAUUCGCUGUUUGAAAGCCAUCAUGAAUAACACUGUUGGAAUAAAAGAAAUGCUGGCCCAUCAUGAAGCCUUAACGAUAGUAGCCAGAUCUCUUGAACCUAGUAAACCUUCAGUAAUGUACGAAGCUGUAAAACUUCUUGGUGCAGUCUGUCUCAUUUCGAGUGACAGUCAUAAAAAGGUUUUAGACGCCAUUACCAUGAAUGGAGAAUUCAAAGGGAGAGAAAGAUUUCUGCCGAUAGUUCAAGGACUCAUGAACAAGAAGAACGAAAAUCUGAGGGUUGUCUGUCUCCAACUGAUCAACUCCAUAAUCUCGUCUGCCGAUGAUCUGGAUUUCCGAUUGCAUCUGCGAAACGAAAUAAUGCGAGUUGGACUGGCUGAUAUCUUGGAAACCUUGGAAGGAGAUGAAUCAGAGGAUUUGUCAAGGCAUUUAAAAAUCUUGAACGAUUGCAAGGAGGAGGAUUAUGAGGAAUUCGUACAGAGAUUCGAUAAUGUUAGACUCGAAUUGGACGAUGUUAACGACUGCUUCGAAGUCGUGAAGAACAUGGUUAUGGAUUCGGUGGCUGAACCUUACUUCCUGUCAAUUCUUCAGCACUUGUUAUUCAUCCGAGAUGAUGCCUUGGUUCGACCUGCAUAUUACAAACUCAUAGAAGAGUGUGUCGCCCAAAUUGUCCUCCAUCGUUCAGGCUGUGAUCCCGACUUCAGUGCAACGAAACGUUUCCAAAUAGACGUGGGACCUCUGAUUGACACCUUAGUAGAAAGGUCUCGAGCUGAAGAAGAGCAUCGCUUGAUAGAAAUGUCUCAGAAGUUGGAAGAAGCAAUUGCGAGAAAGCAAGAGGCAGAAGCGAAAUUACAACACGCGGAAUAUAAGAUCAGGGAAUUGGAGGCGGGUAGACCUGGAGGAGCGCCUGGUAAGAUUGGAAAUUGUCCGCCCCCGCCGCCGAUGCCCGGAAUGGGAGGGCCGCCACCACCUCCAAUGCCGGGGAUGGGGGGCCCACCACCACCUCCAAUGCCUGGAAUGGGUGGACCUCCUCCACCUCCAAUGCCCGGAAUGGGAGGCCCGCCACCUCCGCCAAUGCCAGGAAUGGGAGGACCUGCACCUCCUCCAAUGCCUGGAAUGGGUCCUCCUCCACCUCCGAUGAUGGGAGGCAUGAGACCACCGAUGGUAAAUGCUGUCCAGGUUUUACCCCAUGGAAUGAAACCUAAGAAGAAGUGGGAAGUGGAUGGACCACUGAAGAGAGCAAACUGGAAAGCGAUUCUACCUCACAAACUCUCAGAGAAGUCUUUCUGGGUAAAAGUUCAGGAAGAUAAACUCGCAAGUCCGGAAAUAUUGAAUGGCCUAGCUCAAAAAUUCUCGUCAAAACCGAGUGGAAGGAAAAUGGACGACGUUGUUGAUAAGUCCGCGCCAUCGAAGAAGAUCAAGGACCUGAAAGUCUUGGACAGUAAAUCAGCACAAAACAUUUUGAUUUUGUUGGGAGGAGCGCUGAAGCACGUGUCUUAUGAAGAUGUUAAAGCCUCUUUGCUCAAAUGUGAAGGACCAGUAAUUUCGGAUAAUGUUCUACAAGGUUUAAUUCAGUAUUUGCCACCACCUGAUCAGCUGACGAAGCUGCAAAAUUUCAAAGAUAAUUAUGAUGAUUUAACUGAGGCUGAGCAAUUCUGUAUCACGGUCUCCACUAUCAAACGAUUACUUCCAAGACUGAGAUCGCUGAGUUUCAUGUUGCGCUAUGAGGAAUUGGUACAGGACGUAAAACCAGAUAUUGUAGCUGGAACAGCGGCUUGCGAGGAAGUGAAAGGAAGUAAAAAGUUCGCGAAAAUUUUGGAACUGAUUCUGCUGCUCGGGAAUUAUAUGAAUUCAGGGUCGAAAAAUGGUCAAGCUUUUGGUUUUGAGAUUAGUUUUCUAACGAAGUUGACAUCAACGAAAGAUGUCGAUAAUAGGCAAACUCUCAUGCAUUACUUGGUGGAUACAAUAGAAAGGAAAUUCCCAGACUGUCUUAAUUUCGCGGAAGAAUUGGCUCAUGUCAAUCGAGCGAGUCGUGUUUCCUUAGAAAACAUUCAACGGACUCUUCGGCAGAUGGAGAAUAAUAUUAAAAAUCUCGAGCAGGAUGUCGUCAAUGCUAGAGUUCCUCAAGGUAGUCAAGAUCGUUUCGCCGAAGUUAUGACUCCAUUCUCUAAAAAAGCCAGAGAAUCUUAUGAAGUGAUGCAGAACAUGUUCAAAAAUAUGGACAGCCUCUACACCGGAAUUUCUGAAUUCUACUCAUUUGACAAGCAGAAGUACACGAUCGAAGAAUUCUUUGGAGACAUCAAGAAGUUCAAGGAUGACUUUGCGCAAGCACAGAAGGAGAUUGUGAAACUACGGGAAUCCGAAGAGAAGCAAAGAAGAGCAAAGGAAGCACGCGAGAAGGCGGAAGUGGAAAAAGCGGCUCGCGCUGAGCGAAAACGCGCACUAGUUGAUAUGAAUGCCCAUGAAACUCAGGAAGGCGUUAUGGACAGUCUAAUGGAAGCUCUCCAAACGGGUUCGGCCUUCAGUCGACCCGAUCAACGUCGCAAGCGUCAAGCACGUGUGGCUGGUGGUAAGUUGAAAUUAGUUAGGAAUACAAAAUUCAACACACUCAUGUUCGUAAAGCGGAGGUUCGGUCAGAAAACUAAAUCGCGUAAUGGAUCCUACUCAAAGUCCAGCGUAAGCGAUGAUGAAUUACUAGAAGACAAAUCAUACUCAGCAAAAUCAAAUCGAGCUUCAACCUUGCCGACUAACAAGGCAGAAUAUUAUACUCCAGAAGAUAAUAAGAUUUUUAACAAGCAAAUGAUGAUGCAAGCGGCAAUGAGGACACCGAAAAAAGAUAAAGUUGCUCAUCAAUGGAAAACGAAGACUGAGGAUAGAGUCGUUAUUGAUAAAGAAAUGUUCCGUACUCCCGCAGAGAAUCAGAAUUUCUACAAGCAAAUUUUGCUUAGCUAUGCUGAAAAAGCUCCGAAGAAGGAAGAAAUAUUUUCUCGACUCAGUAGAGUUUAUAAAAAUAAGUCUAGUUCUAGAAUCGAUAUUCCGUCCAGAUCGCCAAUGUUGGAAGAAACGCCCAGAAGACAAGUUUCAAUGUCCUUUAGUCUCUCGAAACUUCAGGAUUUCAACCAGACCUAUCUUCUGGAAACUCCUUCAGUAAAAAACUACAGCUAUUUGGGAAGUAUUCCGAAAGACGAUUGCCCGAAUACUGCUUAUAAGUCGGUGAUAACAGAAUUGAAAGAUUGGACACCGGAACAUUUUAGAAAGUCUCCUUCAUCUAAGCGAAUUGUGAAACAUUUUUCGAUGAAGGAGAAUUCGAACGAAAGUUAUCGAAGAACGCCUGUAAGAAAGAAGAUUAUGGUUAGCAAAAGCAAGAAAAGAAACAGUAUUGUUCGCCGUGCUGUUUCAUAUAGAAAGAGAAAUUCUCAACACCACUCGAAUAAAAUCAGGUUGCCGAAAAAUGGGCACAGUUUUUCGAAAAUUGGUAUUUCUCCGCCUGCUGAUUUCGAUUCUACAAACUCGAAAUUCAUAGAAUCAUGUGACAAUAUUAGGAGUUUGAAGGAUCUUAAGAAUUACAAAUUCCAUCUUGCGAGAAGUAAAAAUUUUGAGAAUAUAAUUGGCGUUAAAGAUGAGAAUCAAAAUCAUGUUUUCAACAAUCUCAACGAUUCUCUAAAGGCACAGUUCACACCAACUCCUCGUUCUAAAUCUGUUUCAACCGAAAAUUGCAAGUCUCCUUACAAUGAGGAUAUCAGCGGCGUUCUUGAAAUAUCAAAUAUGGCGAGUCCUAGAUUUUUACAUCCGGAAACUUAUAGGCAAAUUAUUAUCUCUGAUCAAAAAUCUCCACUUAGUGAAACGAGCAAAUGUCCAGCAAGCUGUACGGAUAUUUCAAAGUCUCAGGAGAAUUUCUCGUCACCAGUUAAAUUUUUCAAGGGCUCGAUCGUCCCCCAAAUUGAGGGUAAAAAGAAAACCUGGAAAUUGUGGAAGAGAUUAGGAAAUUCAGCGAAGAGCGUAUCGCGAAAAUAUAAUGUGAUACAAACCACUGAAACUGAGGGUGUUCAAAAAAAUAAAAAAGAAUCUAGUGAUAAGAGGAAGGGAAGUGUGACUGUCGGGAAAGUCGAGUAGCGUUUGCUAAAAACCGAGCAGAAUUUUAGAAAUGAGAUUCACUGUUAAAAAUGCAACCAGGUCUUUUAUUAACUUUUAGACUAUGGUUUUACUGUACUCAAACUUUUCCUAUUUUACUAGGUGGAUAUAGUCUACGAUUUUUUGUAUAUUUUUUUAUCGCAUUUUUUAUAAUUAGUUAUCAAAGAGAUUUAUGAAAGUUGUAGGGAAGGUUUUAUUGUUAAAAAAUGAAAUUUGAUUGUAAAGAACGUCAAUGAUGCUGAUCGUUAAACGAAGAAGUUAAAAAGUUUAUUUGUGAUUAGAUAUUGAAAAGAAAUAGUAUUUUAGUUAGAAUUAUGAUAAUAUACUUGAGACUUGCCAAUGAAAUCAUGUGAUAAUAAUGAAGCUGUGAGAAUCUUUUAGUGAAUUUUUUAGUAAAUAUGAAAAUUUAUAUUUAAGAAAUAAAGGAAGCGUUCUUCAGUACAAAUCAUUGUUAACAAGAAAAGACUGAUUCGAUAUCAGCAAUGUAUUUUUUUAUUCUUGGUGAAAAUGUAAGAGC